AUGGGGGAUUCUGGAGGACAGGAAGUCGUCGAUGAGUCUCCUGGGCAGAUCGAUGCGCCUCCUCGCCGGGAAACCGCACCUUCACCGACUACCACUGCCCAAGACGCCGACUACGCCGUCUGGUACGAGAACGGCACCUUGCGCACCAACGCCCCUGCUCACCUCCUCACUGUAUCCUGGACCUCACUCCUCACCGCCUUCACCAACACUCGCACCUAUCUCACUGGCCUUAACCCUCAAUGGCCCUCCCUCACUCACCCCACCAAUUGCGUCCGCGGUGUCGUGGCUAAGCAGAGUACCCCGUGGACUGUCGAUUCACCUGGCGAGUUCUGCUGCAAGAGAUGCUUCAACACUCAAAGAGUGUGCCUGAGGUACAACAAGAAAAGUGAAAGAUUGGAGGCUUUGCCUCUGCCUGAAGAAGUCAGAGGUGAGGAAUUUGGCUUGGGUUGGUUUGUUGCUGAGGAGGGAAAUAUGAGCAACAAGGGUGUGUUCAAGGGAUUGUGGAAGUGA